UAUAAUGAGACCCUUUUCUCGCGUUGGUUGGUUGACGUCGUGCAGGAGAGCCAGUCACGACACUACAUGCACUACUCCGGAACUAUGAAUUUACUGGGCCUUGGUUGGGCGAUAUGCGCGUCAUAUGUUGUGGGUGUGCGAGCGGGAUCUGUUCCUUUGGAUUUGACGCCGUAUUUUGACAAUCAAGCUUUCGGUACCUACCCGGGUGAAGCUGCGUUCGAUAUUCUGGGUCAAUCGUAUCCGGCGACCACAUACGACAACGAUACCGAUUUACUUUAUACUUCUCGUACCGGUAUCACGUAUAAUCGUCCCAGGUACAUCGGGAACGCGACUGCGGACAAUACAAUCUGCUCAGGCCAGGCCAUCACACUUCCUGAACCUUCGUCUUACUAUGCUGUCUCAUUACUGCAUUCUUCGGAUGUGCGAAAGAAGACUGUCCUCGGCAAUGUAACGUUCACGUAUACCGAUAAUACGACGUCUGUUACGGAACUGAGGAGUGAGCCCUGGUGGGCAUUCCUGGCUAUCAAUCGCGGAGAGAUUAUAUAUCCUUCGUUUUAUACGGAGAACUCGACGAACUUCAACACUAGCCAUAUUUAUGAGUUUGAAACAGGGUUGGUACCGGGUAAACAGCUUUCUGCGAUUACGUUGCCAAAUACUACAAACACGACCACGGGGAGGAUCCAUGUUUUUGCGAUCUCGUUGUGGGAGAAUGAUGUCGAGAAUUCCGUGUUGGGUGUUGGUGUGCAAAGUGUUCGACCGACGCAGAAAUGGGUUACCAAAGGCCAAGAAAAGGCACAGGUAGUGGAGGUGAUUGUGAAUAAUGCUGGGUCAGAGUGUAUACAUGGUGAAGGACUGGAAGUGAGCCUCAAGGGUGACAACUUCUCGGCGAUUGAGGCGGGACGGAUAAAAAGACUAUGCCCUGGCGAUCAAAAACGCGUCAACGUCCCAGUACUCGGGAAUGGAACAAGCAACAUCGAAGCUACCAUCUCCUAUGGCGGCAAUAAUAUCACGCAGACGUUCGAGAACAUUGAAAUCGGACUAACAGACUGGACACUCGACCCUACGAACCUAGCGCGCCAUGAAUCUCCACAGUGGUUCGACGAUGCCAAAUUCGGCAUAUUCAUCCAUUGGGGGAUCUACUCCGUUCCUGCAUGGGGAAACUCUACACCGCAUGAAUCCUACGCUGAAUGGUUCUGGUGGUACACCACGCACCAAGCAGCCGACAAAUCCGGAUUCACAGACUACCGCCUCCGCACAUUCGGACCUGAUCUGAACUAUGACGACUUCAUCGCAAACUUCACAGCCAGCUCAUACGACCCUAAAGAAUGGGUCGAUCUCAUCGCCGACACAGGCGCAAAGUACUUUGUCCUGACUACAAAACACCACGAAGGAUUCACCCUUUUCGACGCCCACAACACCACGAACCGCUCGAGCUUGCACUACGGCCCCAAGCAAGAUAUUCUCUCUUCCCUUUUCACAGCCGCGAAAACAUACCAUCCGUCUCUGAAACGCGGAACGUACUUCUCGCUGCCGGAAUGGUUCAACCCUUCCUGGGGCCCUUACGGCUUCUCGCAAUACGACCGUCCAGACUCGACCACGCACCCGGGCAUUAUCGCGCGGAACCCAUACACCAACGAAACAGAACCAUACACAGGCUGGAUCCCCGUUGACGAUUUCAUCGACGAUGUCAUGGUGCCGCAGAUGGAUAUCCUAGCAUACGAGUACGAGUCCGAUAUAAUGUGGUGCGACGCCGGCGCCGCGAACGGCACCGCCGAGUUCGCGAGCCGCUGGUGGAAUUGGGCACGGGACAACGACCGCGAUGUCACUGUGAACUCGCGGUGCGGCACCGCUGAGGUCAACGAUUUCGAUACACCGGAGUAUGCGACGUUUGCUACGCCGCAGAGGCAGAAGUGGGAAAGUAAUCAAGGCGUAGAUCCCUAUUCCUACGGCUACAACCGCGCCACCCUCGACGAAGAGUACAUGAACGCAACAACAGUCCUCCACACCCUCAUAGACAUGAUCUCCAAAAACGGGAAUCUCCUGCUAAAUAUCGGUCCACGAGCCGACGGCAGCAUUCCCGACGCCGUAACCCACAAUCUCCGCGAAGCGGGAACGUGGAUACACCAGCACUCCGAAGCCAUCUUCAACACGACAUAUUGGUUCCAGAAAGCAGAAUAUAUCGAUGAGAAGGUGAAUGUUCGGUUCACGCAGACCGAUGACGCUUUUUACAUCUUGGGGUUGGAGGAGGUUGUUGAUGGGAAGUUGGUGGUUGAGGCGCCGUUGCCGAUUCUGGAGGGUGAUCGUGUUGUUCUGCUUGGGGGAGAUGAAGCGAGCGAGUUGGAGUGGAGCUUUAGUGGUGAGAGGUUGGAAAUCGUAUUCGAUGAACAACUUUCGGGGUUGCGUAGGGACUGUUGGGGUUUGAAGAUUGAGUAUAGAGCGUGAGGCUGUGUAUAACGUCCCUCUACGAGUUUUGAAGUGGUAUUCGCAAAGAUAUAGUCUUUCUUACCUACGUACUAAAUAAAUCCAGAAAAUCCAAAAGAUUCGCGGGUUUCCUAGCUAUACAGAACAAGAGGUGGCACUUUGUAGCUUGGAGUUUGGGUGAUCCUAAACCCAACGACAUCUGGAUACAGUCACAACGUCAGAGGUACCAGAAAGACAUGCGACCAGCAAAAACGAAUGUCCGAACAAGAAGUGUAGCUGAAUUUUUCUGGCUACGCUUCCAUCGAUAAUUGCACAUAGUGCGAAUUACCAACGUAAGCGGGACACUGUAAAAUGCCCAAGUCCUCUGAAGAUAAAGCAUAUCACGUGAUGCAAGCAUCUCACAUCCCCACAUCAUCAACAUCUCCCCAUUCCCAUACCUCAUCACUCCUCAUCAUCGAUUCGCCGCCAAAUUCCUCCCAGGCUAAACCCGUUUCAGGGCUAAAUGCUCGUCUCGUGAGCCCAAUGGCCGGGGUAAGGGAUAUAUACAUAUGUAUGAAAGCAAGUCUCGUUUAUUUUGCUGCACCCCGCAAAAAUUGAGCACCGUUAUGCAAUAUCGCGUAUGCACUCCACAUCACAGUGCGCAACUGCACGUCUCGGGAAAUUUACUGUUCUUGUUAUUGUUCUUGUCCAGUGCUUGGAUUUUUUUGGAGGCGGCUUGUUAUUGGUAGUGGAGUAUGUAGUCUUGGGUUUAGAGUGUGGAAGUGAGUUACGGUUUUUUUAAUAUUGCUGGAAGUUUGCAUCUUGAUAAAACGAGAUGUUGGUCGGAAGAGAGGAAUGCAACGAAAGCGUGUGGAAGAGGAUAUUUUGUCAAGAUAACUCGCAAACCCACAGUUUCUUGGUGCAUUGUGAUGAGUGGACUUGAUUGGUGUCAGCAGUGCUGUGAACUCAGACUUUGAUCUACUGAUUGUU